AUGGCGUCCAUGUCUAGAUUUGUGGCCAAAGACUGCCACUUUACUACUGCAGCGGCUGUACAGAAGCCCAGUUGUUCUAGUUUGAGUGUCAGGAGGCUGAAUACUCAUCUGGAUCUAAAAGGUUGGAACUUGGCGCCUAAGAAUGGAAGGAUUUUGGCAUUGCAAAGCAAGCCAAACAGUCCUGUUGUUCCUAUUUCAUCUGCUUCCCCUAUCAUGCAGACUUCAAGGAGCUUUGUGGUUUUGUGCAAUGCUGCUACAAAUUUGUCCGGCGAUGUUCCCAGCAGCAGUCCUGCAGAAAUGAGCCAGUAUGAAAAGAUAAUUGAAACUCUAACAACUCUGUUCCCACUCUGGGUCAUUCUUGGCACCAUCAUUGGUAUCUACAAGCCAGCUGCGGUUACAUGGUUGCAGACAGAUCUGUUCACUGUUGGCCUGGGUUUCCUCAUGCUUUCUAUGGGAUUAACGUUGACGUUUGAAGAUUUUAGACGAUGUUUGAGGAACCCUUGGACUGUUGGUGUAGGAUUCCUUGCCCAGUACUUGAUCAAACCCCUGCUAGGCUUUGCGAUAGCAAUGAGCCUAAAACUGUCGGCACCUCUUGCAACUGGACUUAUUCUGGUAUCAUGCUGUCCAGGAGGUCAGGCAUCUAAUGUUGCAACAUAUAUAUCGAAGGGAAAUGUGGCACUUUCAGUUCUUAUGACAACCUGUUCAACCAUCGGUGCUAUUAUCAUGACACCCCUUCUUACGAAGCUUCUUGCUGGGCAGCUUGUUCCCGUUGAUGCUGCAGGUCUCGCUCUGAGCACGUUUCAGGUUGUGCUAUUGCCAACUAUUCUUGGAGUUCUAGCAAAUGAAUUUUUCCCCAAGUUCACGGCAAAGAUAAUUUCCGUGACACCUCUAAUUGGAGUCCUUCUCACAACCUUACUCUGUGCAAGCCCUAUUGGGCAAGUUGCAGAUGUAUUGAAAACUCAAGGAGCACAACUAAUACUGCCAGUGGCUGUUCUACAUGCUGCCGCAUUUGCAAUUGGUUAUUUUAUCUCAAAGAUGUCAUUUGGUGAAUCCACUUCACGCACCAUCUCAAUAGAAUGUGGAAUGCAGAGCUCCGCCCUUGGAUUCUUGCUUGCUCAGAAGCAUUUUACGAAUCCCCUCGUGGCUGUGCCUUCAGCUGUCAGUGUUGUUGCAAUGGCUCUUGGUGGAAGUGCACUUGCUGUUUUCUGGAGGAACAUGCCGAUUCCAGUCGAUGACAAAGAUGACUUCAAGGAGUAA